AUGAAUGGCUGCAAACCUGUUGAUAUUCCUUUAGUGGUGAAUGAAAAUUUAAAGAAGGAAGAUGGUGGAAGAUUAGUAGAUGCAAGCAUGUAUAGAAGUUUGGUUGGAAGCUUGUUUUAUCUAACAGUAACACGACCCGACUUAAUGUUCGCUGCUAGUUUACUCUCAAGGUUCAUGAGUAAACCGAGUCACUUACACCUUGGAGCAGUAAAACGAGUUCUAAGGUAUGUCAUGGGAACCAUGGAGCAUAUAAUCAGGUUUGAAAAGAAUUUUAAACUCGAAGUUCAGGGUUAUUGUGACAGUGAUUGGGCUGGAAGUGUUGAUGACAUGAAAAGCACUUCUGGUUAUGUGUUCAGCCUGGGUUCAGGAGUAAUUUCUUGGUGUUCAAAGAAACAAGACACUGUAGCGCAAUCUUCAUCCGAAGAAGAAUAUUUGGCAGCUGGUUUGGCUACACAACAAUCGUUGUGA